AUGUCUAAUGCACUGAAUGAUGCUUUGAAGAAACAACAUUCUGACAUGCUCAGUUUAGGUGCAGUUGUAGAUUGCACCUCUCUUGCUGGCAAAAAAGAGAAGGUAGCGAUAGAUAUGGCAAUUGAGGAUAUAUAUGCUCAUGCCAAUCACCAGAACUUCCCCACCCUACAUGUGGAAAACUCUCGAGGAGACCCUUUCCGAGCAGCCUCUUCUGGAAGCUAUAUUAGGCUUAUAGAUGACAAAAUUUUGAUUGCAGUUAAGACCCUCAUUGAGAAGCAACAUGCGAAAGCAAUAAUAGGAUUUGGAACAUGGCAAGAGGCUGUGUUUGUUGCUCAGCUUGGCAAUGAAUCCAAAGUCCCUAUCCUAUCAUUGGCAAAUGAAGUCCCACAGUGGGCCUCUUGCCACUGGCCAUUCCUAGUAAAUGCGGCCCGCAGCAAAAAUGCUCAAAUGAAAGCUGUCGCAGCUAUAAUUCAAAGUUGGAAAUGGAGGAAAGUGAACAUUAUCUAUGAAGACAUGAACCCAGCUGUGACUGGCAUUAGCCCUGAACUCAUUGCCGCUAUACAAGAAGUGGACGCGGAGAUUAACGACCUUUUGCCUCUCUCUCUCUUUCCUCCAUAUCAUUCUCUCUCAAAAAAGUUGGAGCACCUGAAAAAUGGGUCGUGCAGAGUUUUCAUUGUUCACACUUCCAUUACCUUAGCCACUAAAAUCUUCAUGGAAGCGAAUAGUAUAGGAAUGAUGGAUAAGGAUUAUGUUUGGAUCACCACCAAUGCCAUUACAAGUCAAAUUGAUUCACUUAAUGAAUCAAUUAUCUCCUCAAUGCAAGGUGUCUUAGGAGUCAAGAGCUACUUUUCCACCACACCUAAAAGCUACAAAGAUUUCCACUUUAGAUUUCGCAACAAAGAUUUCCACUUUAGAUUUAGGGCCAUGUUUCAUUUGCAAUAUCCUGGUGAGCCAGCACCGGAACCAGGGACUUCUGCGAUGCAGGCCUAUGAUGCUGCACGGGCUGUGGCUAUCGCAUUGAUGGAAAAGCCUAAUUUGAAAAGCUGUACAAAUUUGACAGACGAUGUUGCCUGUAUGCAUGAAAUGAAUGGACAACAGUUGCUUGGAAAAAUCUUGCAAAGCAAUUUUGAGGGGUUAACUGGUGCAUUCAAUUUUAAAGAGGGAAAAUUGGCUCCAAUACACAUUUUUCGAAUAGUUAAUGUGGUUGGGAAAAGUUUUAGGGAACUUGGAUUCUGGUCGGAGGGACUAGGCUUCUCAGAGAGCAUCCAUAAGGCUAGCAAGUACAACAGGUCAAUGAGCAUUCUAGGACAAGUGUUUUGGCCCGGAGGGCCUUGGUCAGUGCCAAAAGGGUGGGGGGUACCGAUUAAUGCAAAACCACUGAAAAUAGGUGUACCAGCAGCGACCGCUUUUAGUGAAUUUGUGAAUGUGAGAUAUGAUCGUCCUGGGGACAAACCAAUCGUUAAUGGAUUUUCCAUUGCUGUCUUUGAAGCUGCCUUAGAUCUUCUACCAUAUCACUUGCCACAUGAAUUUAUUCCAUUUUACGGCACAUAUGAUUCUCUGGUCCAGCAAGUAUAUGUUGAGACUUUUGAUGCAGUUGUUGGAGAUACUGCCAUAAUUGCCAAUCGUAGUGAAUAUGCAGAAUUCACACAACCCUAUUCUGACUCAGGUCUCCAGAUGUUGAUAUAUUUCAAGCCAAAAAGGGUAGAAAGAGCUUGGUUGUUCAAGAAGCCGUUCACCACCUUUAUGUGGGUUUUUACAGUGGUCAUUAAUGUUUAUAAUGGAUUUGUUGUAUGGUUGAUAGAGCGGAAUCACAACCCAGCUUUCAGGGGCAGUAUAUGGAACCAAAUUGGAACCAUGCAUGCUUACCUUAGCGUUCAUAACGCUAUUCUCACAACAAGUCUAACAUCACUGCUCACUGUUCAACAACUUCAUCAAACAACGAUCGACAUUGAGACACUUAAAAAGAGUGGAGCCAAAGUUGGGUGUGAUGCGAAUUCAUUUGUUGGAACAUAUUUGGAGGUGGUCUUAGUUUUUCAACCCAACAACAUCAGGAGAAUAGGUUCGGGAGAUUAUUAUCCACAGGCUCUUAAAAGUGGAGAGAUUGCAGCAGCCUUUAUUGAGGCCCCAUAUGUUAAAGUGUUUCUCGCUAAAUAUUGUGAAGGUUUCAUCACUUCAGGACCAGCAUUUAAAGUUGGGGGUUUUGGAUUUGCUUUCCCAAGGAGCUCCCCUUAUCUACCUGAUAUUUCUGAAGCAGUUCUAAAAUUAUCUGAAAGUGGAAAAUUGCGACAGCUUGAGGAUUUUUUAUCCUCUUCCUACAAGUGCUUAGCAUCUAAUUCUGACGAUAAUCUUGAUAGGCUUGGACUGAAUAGUUUCUGGGGCCUCUUUGUCAUCACUGGAGGAAUGUCCACCAUUGCUCUUUUGGCCUUUAUUUUUCGUUAUGUUCGUGAAAGAUGGUAUCGACCUUUAGGCCAAGCCCAAGCACAACAGCAUCAUGCCCCAUCUGUCGAUGAAUUAUGGAUGUUUGCCCCUGAAAUGGAAAACCAAUAACAAUCUUAUCUAUAAUAACCAUGUAUGUAAACCUGCUGGCAAAAGCACACAUUGUACUUAGCUGAGUAACACUCUUUUUAAUGUUAAGAAUUUGUAUCCUUUAGAUUAGAUAUUAAAUCCAUUAUGUGAAUUUCAUUUGAAUCUACACAGUUUGAUUUAGAUGAAUAGUUA